AUGACAGGGUCAAACAAAAGCUACUCUGAUCUCGAUCAGCUUCUCUUUCAGCUUGUUGAAUUGUUUUUAAAGGAGGCUGAAGGAGAUCGGAGCAAGGCUAUGAAAAAGCAAUUGGCUUCUGAGGAAGAAGUCCAGAAGCAGGCAGCUGCAGAUAAAGUCGUGGAGAGAGCGACUUUAUUGAAGUCCAACAAUCCAUUGAGAGUUGUUGAACAAAAGAAAUGUACAGAUAAAGUAGAGGGCAGUUCUUCUGGACAUCUAGUCGAUCAAUCAAUGGCCAACUUUUCUGAUGCCAGAGAAAUGUUCAAGUCCUUUCAGAAUGAAUUGUCCAGUAUGGUGACUGGAAUAAGUGAUGGUGAGGUACUUACCUUAAUGCGCAGGUUGGAGAAGAAUGUCGAAAGAGGAUUUCUGGCUAUUGAGACAAGGCAGAGAACACUGGAGCAGAGACAGACUCUGCUAGAGGAGAGACAGGCUCGUUUCAAGUACAAUAUGCAGAGAUACCUGCUUUAA